GUCUAUUCUAUAACUGGUCUAAGGAAUAAUGUUCCAAACAGCUGUUUGUAAGUUUUAUUUUUAAUGGAACUAGGAAUAUUAUUGCGGGAAGUAAAAAAGAAAAGGGAACAUAUAAAAUAGAAUCAAGAAACAAAAUAACAAAAACCAAAAACUGAAGAAAGCUUGUUUGUGCAGUGUUGUGAAUGCAAAUGAAAAAAUCCAUUAUUUCUAAUACUAAUAUUAUUUGGUCAGGAAAACUUCUCCUUGAAUUCAUGUGAAAGAUUCAAAGUAAUUGUGUCUUCAUGUCUCACGAAAAGGAGCUGUUCAACCUUGAACACCCUCAUGGGCAUGGGGCGGUGCAGUUUGCCUGGCAGAAGGGAAGUGGUAACUACCUCGCCACCACUGGCCAGGACUGCAGUCUCUCAAUAUACAACCGGCUUGGAAAUAUUGUACAAAAAUUGCAGCUGCCAGGAGUUUGUCUGUCUCUGAGCUGGGACAGUGAUGGUGACUUGCUUGGAGUCAUCUGCAACGGAAAUAGCUCUCUGAUUUUGUGGGAUGCAAACACGACAAAGCGGAACGUAAUAGAGACCAGAUUCAGGGAUGCAUUGACGUGCCUCAUUUGGGCCAAGAACGGACCCACAGUGGCUGUUGCCACCGCAAGAGGCAAUGUCGUCAUCUAUCAUCACAGCACUACAAAGCGAAUUCCCAUUCUUGGGAAGCAUACAAAAGCAAUCACCAGUGGUGACUGGAGUAAUGAAGGCCUUCUUGCCCUGGGCUCAGAGGACAGAACUCUGUCAAUCAGUAGCGCUGAUGGCGACUCAUUGCGUGUCAUCCAGCUCCGGUCAGAGCCAGCCAUCAUACAGUUCAGCGAAAUGAAGACUGACGAAAGGGCCAGCGGCGAAAAUACUGUGAGUGUGAUUGUUGGAAAGAAAACUCUUUUCUUGUAUAAUCUGCAAGAUCCCGAGAACCCGAUUGAACUAGCCUUUCAGCCACGAUAUGGAAAUAUUGUUACCUACAAAUGGUUUGGCGAUGGCUAUAUUCUAGUUGGAUUCAGCCUGGGCUACAUGAUUGCUAUUUCAACGCAUAUUCGUGAAGUGGGCCAAGAACUAUUUCAAGUGAAAAACCAUAGAGAUGUGUUUAGCGAUAUAGCAGUGUCACAGCUUCUGGGAAAAAUUGCGUCCUGUGGUGACAACUUAGUGAAGAUCCACGAGAUGUCGCAGCUGGGAGAGAGCCCGGUGGUGAUGAGCGUGGACGACGAGGCGGGGGUGGACCGGGUGGCCUACAGCGAGGACGGCCAGUUGUUGGGCGUGUCGACGGGGAGUGGCCACAUCCGCGUCUUCCUCACACGCUUGCCCAUGCUUGCCGUCGCUCAUGGCAACACCAUCGCACUCCUCACCGCCCUCACCCAGCUCACACUGCAUCAGCUCACCUUUCAAAAGGGCAAAUCUCUUCCGACAGUAACAUUGGAAAUGGAGGUGGAGCCCAGCUUUCUCGCUAUAGGGCCGUUUCACAUAGUGGGAGGCAUGAACAACAGGGCGUGGUUGUAUGAGCUGAGUCACAACGUGCAGUCGCCUUCUGACUUCAGUCCGACAACGGCCAGUGGCGUGCUCAGGUCUCCACAACUCAUUUCCGACCACGAGUAUCUGGGCACAAUCAAAUCGAUAUGCUUGAAUUCAGAGUACACUUCGGCUCUCUUCGAGGGCAAACUGCAAUUGCAUCUGACGGAACCUCUGAAUGGAGCUGUCAAUGGAUUUGAUCACGAAGGUCGGGAAAUGAAAUUGUUUCCGGAAGAAGGCGAACACCUCACGAUUACAUGCCACGCUCUCAGUGCUGAAUUUCUCAUCUACGCUUCAGAUAUGGGUCACCUGAGGUAUUUUCUGCUGGAGGACUGGACUCAGGCGAUCGAUUAUCGCCAUACGGUCGGCAUCAAUGAAAUAUUCCCAGAUCAUUCGGGCACAAAAGUCAUAGUCAUCGACUCGAAAAAUGACGGCUACUUAUACAAUCCAGUAAUGGAUCAAAUGAUGCCGAUUCCAAAUUUCCCUUCUACAGCAACUGGUGCAAUAUGGGAUUUAUGGCAUUCUGAGAGGAAUUUAUACUGUAAUGAUUACCUCAAAUAUACUCUAUUCAUCUAUAAUAAAAUAUAUUUUCAUGUUCGUAAAAACAAGUUGGCAACGGUGCGGAGGCCGACUGUAUCAAGGGUUGGAGAAACGAAAGUGCCACUUGACCAGAAGCCGCUUGUGCUCCAUGCCGGUGAAUUGACCCUGGAAACGUCUGGUGGGCAGCUCAACUCCAUUUUACUGUCCAGUCACCAAAUGCCAACUCCAACCAACAAGCUCACUCAGUCCGAGUGCUUUGAGCUGGCUCUUGACAAGCGGCUCGAGUUGUUGAGGUUUCAAGAAGCAUGGAAUACUUGCAUUUCUCUUGGAAGAAAACAAGCUUGGCAAAAAUUGGUGAUUCGUGCUCUACAUUGCUUGGAAAUCGACUUUGCGAUAAGAGUUUACCGGCAUAUUAAAGAUGUGGGAAUGGCUCAUUCUCUGGAAAGAGUGAAGCAUAUAGAGGACAAAAAACUGCUCGCUGGACACGUUGCUAUGUUCCUGCAGGACUUUGACAGAGCUCAGUUACUAUUUUUGGAAUCUAGCAACCCUAUACAAGCGCUAAUCAUGAGACAAGACAUUCUACAGUGGGAUCAGGCCUUGCAGCUAGCUAGAAGCUUGGAUCCGUCGCAGAUUCCUUUCAUUUCAAGAGAGUAUGCACAACAAUUGGAACUCACCGGGCAGUACACGGAAGCGCUGUCUCACUACGAGAGGGGACUGACGGAGGAGGGGAGAGAUGAGGAGCACAACAGCCGGUGCCGGGCGGGCAUUGCACGCACCGCCAUUCGGUGCGGCGACUACAGGCGGGGCAUUGCCAUGGCAACCGAUCCGCGCGCAGACCAACAACUCAAGCAGGAGUGCGCCGAAAUAUUGCAGGCCACCAAGAAAUUGAAUGAAGCCGCUUUGCUAUAUGAAAAAGCUGAGAAUUUUGACCAAGCUGCUUCAGCUUACAUUAAUCUGAAAAAUUGGCAUAAAGUUGGUGAGCUUUUGCCGAAAGUUACCUCUCCAAAGAUCCAUCACCAAUACGGCAAAGUGAAAGAAGCAAUGGGGGAGUAUCGCAUUGCAAGACAAGCCUACCAAAUGGCGAAUGAUCUCGACAGUAUUGUAAGACUUGACUUGGAUCAUCUCAAUGAUCCCCAAGGUGCAGUUAGAAUAGUACAAGAAACUAGGAGUAUCGAGGGUGCUAAGAUGAUAGCUAAGUUCUUUCAAAAGAUUGGCGAUUACGUAUCAGCCAUCAGGUUUCUGGUGAUGUCCAAGUGCCAUAACGAAGCAUUCCGAUUAUCUAGAGACCACAACCAUUUGGAGCUGUACGGUGAUAUUCUUGUGGAGGAGUUUGACGGCGAAGCAAAGCAAGAGUUUCAGAGCUUAGCCAUGCAUUUCGAGUCUCUCAGCAAGUUCUACCUUUGUGGAAAAUAUUACUAUCAUGCAGGCGAAUACAAAAAGGCACUAAAAAAUCUACUCAUUGCCGCUAGAAGUAAUCCAGAUGAUGAAGAAGCAAUCUCUUUAGCAAUUGAUGUUGUGGGCACGUUGGAUGAUGAUAUAAUGGCCAAUCAACUGAUCGAGUUGUUGCUUGGAGAAGCUGAUGGAGUGGCUAGAGAUCCGAAAUACAUAUUCAGGCUUUACAUGGCUCGUAGACAAUAUAUGGAUGCAGCUAAGACGGCCAUUAUAAUUGCCAGAGAAGAACAAGUGAACGGUAAUUAUCGAAGCGCACACGAUGUUCUUCUGGGCAUGUGCCAAGAGCUGCGCGAAAACAAUCUGAGGAUAAGCACGGAGCUGGUGAGCAACCUGAUGCUGCUGCACUCUUACAUCCUGGUGCGACUGCAUGUGCGCCGCGGCAGUCACCUCAAUGCAGCCAGGAUGCUCAUCAGGGUCGCCGACAACAUCUCCAAAUUCCCAUCACGUCAGUUCAAUCUUGCAACCUUCAUUACUUUUAUGAAUGAUUUUAGUGUUAAUGUUCCAUGUUUAUCUGUGCUCUAUGCUGAUGACACUACCAUACUUGAUUCUAAAACUAGUGUAGAGGCUGUACUUGAUAGGCUUGACUCCUCGGUUGAACGCUGCAGGGAGUGGAUUGUUAGCCCUACCCCAACCCCCAACCUGGAGGACCAGUCCAGUUUUUCUUUCACGGUGGCUAUUUUAUUUCACCACUACCCCCCGACGCUGCUGGCUGCAGGGCCGGUGGAGCCCAAGUACAAGAAGAAGAUAGAGGGCGUUGUGCGGAAGCCACCGCGUGGCGCCAACAACAAGCUGGCCGCUGACGAACCGGAACCGGUGUCGCCCUGUCCCUUCUGCGAGCAGCGUCUGCCUCAGACCGAGCUCUACUGCAACCAGUGCAAGAACAACAUACCCUUCUGCAUUGCUACGGGUCGUCACAUUGUGAAAGGGGAUCUAACUGUCUGUCCUCACUGUCGUUUCCCUGCCAUACGGUCUGAACUACUACAGCUCGUUGAAAGUGGAGAGAACUGCCCGAUGUGCUCAGAACACAUUGAACUUCAUGAUCUCAAACUGAAGCAUGAUCCAUUGGUUCUACUUCAACCUUCUGAUCAAGACUGAACACGCCUAAUCCGACGGGACCAAUACCUGACCUGAGUUGAUAUUUAUUAUUUCAAACUUGAUGUUCCUAUUAUAGAAAUCAUUAUCAUUUUACUGUAAACCAACAUAAACCUCAUCAAUAUAGAGGAUGAUGAAGGUAGAAAACAAAAACAUUCCGUCCAUUACAAUAAGGUAAGAGAGUGAGAGGAAAUUGAUCUCUAAAAAUAGUAUGUAAUAAAUAUAGGCCUAUCAAUGUUUUUCAAAACUACUUUUAUUAAAGAGAAUUGUCACGCAAUAUUAUUCGGUUAUCGUCAAAUGGAAGUCGUAAGUAUGAGUCUGUGCUAUUUAAGUUAGUUUAUCUGUGUAAAAAAUCUUUAAAGAAACUUUCAAAAGAAUUUGUGUGGGAUCUAUAUCAGUGUACCCACCCAUUCAAAGGAAUAAAUUAGUUAUUGGGUGAAAUUUUAUAGUUAGUUUAUAACAGAAUAUUCAUAAUAAAUCAUUCAGUGUGAUUGAAAUAUCAAUAAAUUGUCAUUGAGUGCAUGAUAUUGUGCAUUCAUAAAAAUGUGUAUGUAAUUAGAAUUUUGAAUGUAUUUUAUUGUUGAAAUUAAAAGUAUGUUGUCACA